AUGGCUAGAUGGGCGCUGAUCGAGGACAAGGGCACUGUCUCUGGCGGGCGUCACGAUCAGGACGGUCGGCACGACCAACACACGAGACACGAGGAAACUGCUCGUCCACUGUCGGGACCACCACAAGUUCCGCCCAAAGACCAUGGCGAUCAACAGCUGGCCAAGGGUCGAGGGAGCUCCCAAGUGGCGACUCAAUCGGUUGAAUAUGAGCCGGGCUCAGUCCACCAGGUCACGUUUGUUCCGGCAGCUCGUAGGGGAGAAAACGAGCAAUCUCACAACAACGUGCUGCAAAAGCACGCCAAUGCUUCGGACUAUCAGACCAAGACGAUCCGCGACCAGGAGGACGAAAUCCGGAAGUUGAAGGAGCAACUCAGCGAAGCGAAGGCCAAGCCUCGAUCCAACGACAUCCGCCGCUAUGAGGACAGAGCCGCCACCGCGGAGGCCAAGCUGAAGUACGCCAACGAGGACAUCCACUACUGGAAGGCUCGCUUUGAGCAAUGUUCCCGUGAUGCCACGGCGAGCUUGAGAGACAUGGACCAGGAGAAGCAGAGGCUGCAACGGGACCUCGAUCAAAGCGAGGCCAAUGUGAGAGCCCUUGUCGAGGCGGCCACGCGUAAUAUGAGCAGCGGUCGCUGGAACCCACCCCCGGACGACGACAUUCGGAACGAGCUGAAUCGCCUGCACGGGAUGGUCCGUGACUGGGCGAAAGAUUGGGCCGUCGACGGCUUGCCCGAGCACCGGACGCAGGACCCCGAAUACAUCUCGUUCAAGCAGAAUUAUUUGGCCGAGUUUGUGUGGGCGACCGACAGAGGAAGCCUCCCUCCUGCCAUUGACAGCCCAGCAGGCAAAUUGAAGCAGCGGCUGCCCGACCUUCUGCUCACUGCGGCCCUUUCCCACACCAUCCACGAUGCAUUCUUUGCAAAUGCCUUCUUCUGUGCGCCGCCAGAGUUCGUGGGUGCCUUGCGGAAGGUCUACGAAGAGCUUAUAUUAGCAAACCAACGCGAGGCCCAUGGUUGGCGGUGCACCUUCUGGCGCAUUAUGAACCCGCCCAAAUCCGGCAAAUCUGCAGCCAACGACGAAUCGGCAACGUUCAAACGCGUCCGUCUCUACUGCGACGAGAUGGCGAGAAGCUUCCGGCACGGUCCGGCAGAGAAGUUGCUGCAGCGUUGCUCGAGUGAGGAGUCCAAAACCCAGGCGAAGCAACUUCGUGAGAUCUUGAUGAAUGCUGCAGAGAUUGCGACCUCGCUUUGGACCCAGCCGUCGUACAUUGAAUGCCUGGGCCUGCACGAGAUGCGACAGCGACAGACCGUGUUCGAUGUGGCCUCCCCGGUGAUGGAGGCCCACCGCCUCAGCAAGGUCGAUCCCGAAAACCCCAAGCACAAUGGACGGAGAAUCAUGGCAGUCAUCCAACCCGCGCUGCUGGCAUUCGACGAGAAUGAUCCGCUGGGUCUCGAUGGGGACGGCUAUCGUGUGCUGUCGCGGGCGAAUGUGUUGCUCGACGAGUUGAGCUCGCGCGCCUAG